AUGGCACUUCCCAGCAGCUUCCUGUUGGGGUUCUGCUGCUUUGCCUGGCUGUGUUUUCUUACUAGCCUCAGCUCUCAGGCUUCUCGGCAAGAAUCGCAGACUAGAGCCAGUACAAAUUUAGAGUCUGAGGCAGACCCCUGGUCCUUGCUGCUGCCGGUAGAUGGGACCGAGAGGCCGGGCCUCUUGCCUCCCCUCUUUAAGGUCCUAUCUGAUAGGGGUGGUGAGACCCCCAAGCCACGGCCUGACUCCAGAGCGCUCUACUACAUGAAAAAGCUCUACAAGACAUAUGCUACCAAGGAGGGGGUCCCUAAACCCAGCAGAAGUCACCUCUACAACACUGUCCGGCUCUUCAGCCCCCGUGCCCAGCAGGAGCAGGCUCCCAGCAAUGAGGCAGCAGGAGCCCUACCCACAUUGGACCUGCUGUUCAACCUGGAUCGGGUCACUGCCAUGGAGCACUUGCUUAAAUCAGUCUUGCUCUACACUCUGAACUCAGCCGCUCCCUCCUCCACUGUGACCUGCGUGUGGGACCUUGUGGUAAAGGAGCCCAGGCCUUCCGGCAAGGCUCCCCCAAGAGUGCCAUACUCCUUCACCUUGAAGAAACACAGAUGGAUCGAGAUGGAUGUGACCUCCCUCCUCCAGCCCCUGGUGGCCUCCAGCGAGAGAAGCAUUCACCUGUCUGUCAACUUCACGUGCACCAAAGAUGAGGCCCCAGAGGAUGGUGUGUUCAACGUGCCUCUGUCCGUGCCCCCGUCACUCAUUUUAUACCUCAACGACACCAGUGCGCAGGCCUAUCACUCCUGGCAUUCCGUCCACUCCACCUGGAGGCCUUCACCUCGUCCUGGCCAGCAUAGGGUGGAGGCAACUGAGGUGGAAAGGUCUCCCCGGCACCGUCGAGGGCAGAAGGCCACCGGCGCAGAGGCGAAGAAGCCGGUCCUCACCGCGUCCUUCAAUCUCAGCGAGUAUUUCAAACAGUUCCUCUUCCCCCAGAACGAGUGCGAACUCCACGACUUCAGGCUGAGUUUCAGUCAGCUCAAGUGGGACAACUGGAUCGUGGCCCCGCACAGGUACAACCCUAGGUACUGUAAAGGGGACUGUCCCAGGGCCGUCAGGCACCGGUACGGCUCUCCCGUGCACACCAUGGUCCAGAAUAUCAUCUAUGAGAAGCUGGACCCCUCGGUGCCCAGGCCUUCGUGCGUGCCCGGCAAGUACAGCCCCUUGAGCGUGUUGACCAUUGAACCUGACGGCUCCAUUGCCUACAAAGAGUACGAGGACAUGAUCGCUACUCGGUGCACCUGCCGUUAG